AUGGAAGUGACUGGAACGACGUCCUUGCGCGUGCCACCGGCAUGCCGGCCUCCACUGAUCGACGGCGACCUCGUGGACCUCGAUGAGCCGGCAGUGUUUGAGCCGUCUGGGCAGUCACCCACCGCUGCCGCUGGUCACGAUGCGGCCGAAGAGGAAGAUACCGACCACGCGGACGCGGACGCAGAAUCAGACGAGGUAGAAGACGGAGGAGAGAGAUUGGAGGUCAACGCUCCGCGCAAGCGGCGCAAGAUCUCCGAGAGGAAGCGCGCAGACAACGCCGCUUUCGACCUGUGGAUUGAGGAGAACCAAGAGACUCUCUCCAGGCAUCCGGACAGAUUGGUUAUCGACGACGACAAGUCUCUUCAGGCUCUCGUCAGGGACUUUGAGAACAAGCGCAUCAUUGCAAGCCCCCGCGACUACCAACUUGAACUCUUCGAGCGGGCCAAGGCGCAGAAUACCAUUGCUGUACUCGACACCGGCUCUGGCAAGACGCUGAUUGCUGCGCUGCUCUUGCGAUGGACCAUCCAAAACGAACUGGAGAACCGGUCCAAGGGGCUGCCCAAGCGCGUCGCCUUCUUCCUCGUCGACAAGGUUGCGCUCGUGUUUCAGCAACACGCCGUGCUGGCCUGCAACUUGGACUACCCCAUCGAGAAGUUCUGCGGCGACAUGGUCGAUGAAGUCUCGUCCAAGGAGUUCUGGGAUAAGACGUUUGACGAAAACAUGGCCAUCGUCCUCACCGCCGAAAUCCUCUACCAGUGCCUCCAUCAUUCCUACAUCCGUAUGGAUCAGAUCAACCUGCUGGUCUUCGAUGAGGCCCACCACACCAAGAAGAACCACCCGUAUGCCCGCAUCAUCAAGGACUUUUACAUCGAAGUCAAGGACGAGGGCCAACGGCCGCGCAUUUUUGGCAUGACUGCCUCCCCUGUCGACGCCCAGAUCGACCCUGUGGUUGCCGCGGCGGAGCUCGAAGCACUCCUCCACAGCCAGAUCGCCACGGUUGCUGACACCGCCGUCCUGCAGCACACCGCCGCCAAGCCAGAGCACGAAUUCCUGGUUGAGUACGAGCGGAGGCCUCCAGACUGGGAAACGGAUCUGAACCGAGCUCUGAAGGAACUCGUCGGCGGCCACCGCAUCUUCAAGAAGCCCUUCGCCUUUACCGACACCGCAGCCGCAGAGCUUGGCCCCUGGUGCGCUGACCGUUACUGGCAACUGUUCUUUAGAGAAGACAACGCGGUAAAGCUGGAAUCCAGGACCGAGAGAGAGCUGCUUCGCGAGUUCGCCUAUCACCAAAGCAUGGACGAGCACAUCGGCAAGGUGAAACAGGCAUAUCAGCUGGUGAAUCAGCACCGCUUUCCCCGCCCCGGUCUCAGUCCGCACCUGCUGUCUUCCAAGGUUAUACUGCUUGUUAGGAUCCUUUGGGAUCAAUUCAACGGCGGCGAUACCAACCGGCGGUGUAUUGUCUUCGUCAGGCAGCGAAAUGUCGCUACGUUGUUAGUUGACCUGCUGCAACAGCCGGAGAUGAAGAUCCCAGGCCUCAAACCUGGAGUACUGGUCGGGGGCGGCCGGCCCGAGGCGAGCUGGGACAACGAAAAGGUGACCUACCGCGACCAGGUCUUGACCAUUAUCAAGUUCAAAAAGGGCGAGCUCAACUGCAUCUUCGCCACGUCCGUCGCCGAGGAAGGCCUUGACAUCCCGGAUUGCAACGUCAUCAUACGAUACGACCUCAACGACACCUUGAUCCAGUACAUCCAGUCCCGCGGGAGAGCACGACAGGCGGGUUCUGUAUAUAUACACAUGGCCGAGAAAGGCAACGCGGAUCACUCUAGGCUGUUGUCGCUCAACAAACAGGGCGAAGACGUCUUGCGAAAGUUUUGCGAGGCCAUGCCGGAAGACAGAAAGCUGAAUGCAAACACCUUCGACAUGGACUACUUCCUGCGCAAGGAGAAAGAUCAGCGGCAGUACACGGUCCCCGAGACCGGAGCAAAGCUCAAUUACAAGCAGAGCAUGGCCUGUUUAGCGACAUUCGUGGCCUCGCUGCCCCACCCGCCCGAGGUCAGCCUGACGGCCGACUACCUCGUCCUGCCUGUUCCCGGGGGCUUCCAGUGCGAGGUGACGCUGCCUGAAUCGUCUCCGAUCAGAAGCGUGACCGGGAGAGUCCACCUGAGCAAGGUGGUGGCCAAGUGCUCGGCUGCCUUUGAGAUGUGCCUCCUGCUGAUCAAGGGCAAAUAUCUCGACCAGCACCUCCGGCCCGUCUUCACAAAGCAGCUUCCCGCCAUGCGCAACGCCCGGCUCGCCGUAAGCUCCAAGAAGAAAGAGCAAUACAAAAUGCGCAUUAAGCCCGAGAUUUGGUCCCACCUGGGCGAGCCCACAGAGCUCCAUGUCAUGGCUCUUACUCUCGCCGACCCGGCUGCGCUGGGUCACGCUUCCUCCCCGCUCCUGCUGCUGAGUCGGCAGCCGAUUCCACGGGUUGCUCCGUUCGCUCUCUUCUUUGGGCCGGACCGCUCAUCCGCUGUCAGCUGCGUCCCGGCUCUUGGAACAGUGAAGUUCAAUGACGACAGCCUCAUCCAGGGACUUGCAGCUUUCACCCUGAUGAUCUUCAAGGACGUCUUCAGCAAGGAGUACGAAGCUACAGCAUCUCAGCUUCCAUACUUUCUCGCCCCGACAAGGAAGGACCACCACUUCGACUUCGGGUCAGUGGCCGAUCCCUGUCACAUCAUUGACUGGGCCACGGUGAAGUUUGUCCAGGCAAAUGAGCACAUUGUCUGCACCUUCGACGAGCCUGACGACUUCUACAAGGACAAGUACGUCACUGACCCGUUUGACGGGUCACGGAAAUUCUUCCUUCUGGGCCGCUGCCACGGCAUGAAGCCGACGGACCCCGUGCCAGACGGCAUCGUCCCGCCGCGCCAUAGGGCCUGGCGUGUGACAUGCAGAAACCACGAUAUCCUGAACUACAGUCUCAGCGCGUGGUCUAGCUCACGGGGUCGAAUGCGCUUGCGGGAGGACCAGCCGGUUGUGGAGGCAGAGCUGCUGCCCAUUCGCCGCAACCUCUUGGAUGACGACGUUGGGGAUGAAGACCUUGAGCCGAAGCCGUGCUUCCUCGCCCUAGAACCUUUAAGAAUCUCACCGCUGCCAGUGGAUGUCGUGGCCAUGGCCUACAACUUUCCAGCGAUCAUUCACCGCAUCGACUCGAACCUUGUGGCGCUCGAUGCCUGCAAAAUGCUUGGCUUAGACAUCAGACCGGACCUCGCGCUGGAGGCCUUCACCAAGGACAGCGACAACACGGAGGAGCGCGACGCCGAGCAGGUCAACUUCCAGGGCGGCAUGGGCAACAACUACGAGAGACUGGAGUUCCUGGGCGACUGCUUCCUCAAGAUGGCCACCACCAUCUCCAUCUUCACGCUCAUCCCGGACAAGGCCGAAUUCGACUACCACGUCGAGCGCAUGCUGAUGGUCUGCAAUCGCAACCUCUUCAAUAACGCGCUGAACGUCAAGCUGGAGGAAUACAUCCGCUCCAUGGCCUUUGACCGCCGCAGUUGGUACCCCGAGGGUCUGGUGCUGAGAAAGGGCAAGCGCAAGGACAUCACCCGGCAGCACAUGCUCGCCGACAAGACCAUCGCCGACGUCUGCGAAGCGCUCAUCGGCGCGGCCUACCUCACCGCGCAGGAGAAGGACCCUAACAACUUUGACCUCGCCGUCCAGGCCGUCACCGCCCUGGUCAAGGACAAGAACCACACCAUGACCAGCUACCGGGACUACUACGCCGCAUACGUCAAGCCCGAUUGGCAGACCGCGCCCGCCAACUCGACGCAGCUCGACAUGGCCGCCCGCUUCCACGCGCGCAUGGGCUACGCCUUUAAGCACCCGCGGCUGCUGCGGUCGGCGUUCCAGCACCCGACCUACCCGUCCAUGUACGAGCGGCUGCCGUCGUACCAGCGGCUCGAGUUCCUCGGCGACGCGCUGCUCGACAUGGCCAGCGUUGAGUUCCUGUUCCACCGGUUCCCGGGGGCCGACCCGCAGUGGCUGACCGAGCACAAGAUGGCCAUGGUCUCGAACCAGUUCCUCGGCUGCCUCGCCGUCGAGCUCGGCUUCCACCGCGCGCUGACCUACUGCUCGCCCGCGCUGCAGCGCGAGAUCGGCGAGUACGUCGCCGAGAUGGAGGAGGCGCUGCAGAGCGCUCGCGAGGACGCAGCGCGGCACGGCCGGCGCGAGGACGAAUACUCGCGCGACUACUGGGUAGACUGCUCGCGCCCGCCCAAGUGCCUGCCGGACACAGUCGAGGCGUACGUCGGCGCCGUGUUCGUCGACAGCGAGUACGACUUUGGCCGCGUGCGCGACUUCUUCGCCCGCCACGUCCGCCCCUUCUUCGAGGACAUGCGGCUGUACGACACGUUCGCCAACAAGCACCCCGUUACCUUCCUCGCCGGCGUCAUGCAGCAGCGGCUGCGGUGCGGCGACUGGCGGUUGCUGGCCAAGGAGCUGCCGCCUGCCGUAGGGGUCGGAGAGGGUCAUGGUGCUGGUGCUGAUGCUGGGGCCGCGGCGAUGGACCUGAUGGGCACGCCGCAGGUUGUGUGUGCGGUGCGCGUGCACGGGCAGACGCUCGCGCAUGCGGUCGCGGCGAGCAGUCGGUACGCCAAGACCGCGGCGGCCAAAAAGGCGCUGAAGGUGCUGGAGGAGCUGGAGGCGGACGAGUUCCGGAAGCGGUAUGGGUGCGCGUGUGCUCUGGAUGGGGAGAUCCUUGAGGAGGAGGAGGGUGCGCAUGGCACGGCGAUUUAA